UACUGUUGGCGAAGAUGUGGAUGAUGGGUUACAAUGACGGUGCCGAGUUCAACAUGCCUGAUUCCUUCAAUGGUAGGAAGCUCAGGCCUUUAAUCCCUCGGCCGAUAUCUUCUCCCAACAGCUCUCCUUGUCUUAACCGUAUCAAUGGCUCCGACUUUUUUGCACUGAAUCAUCACCUAAGCACGGGAGACCAAAACAAGAGGGAGAUCAAUACAAAGCCUGCAGUUGUGGUGAGCUCGAGGUGGAAUCCAACGCCGGAGCAGCUAAGAACACUUGAAGAGCUUUACAGACGUGGCACUCGAACCCCAUCGGCUGAUCAAAUUCAGCAUAUAACAGCGCAGCUCCGUAGAUAUGGUAAGAUCGAAGGGAAGAAUGUGUUCUAUUGGUUCCAGAACCACAAGGCAAGGGAACGCCAAAAGCGGCGCCGGCAAAUGGAAUCAGCUCAAGAUGAACACAUACGCGAACCCGACUCGUUGGAACGAAAGGAUUCAGAAUCGAAUAGGACAGGUUAUGAAGAUGAACAGACAAAAAACUGGACACUCCCUAAAAACUGCAGUACACUAGCAGAGGAAUCUGUAACAAUACAAAUGGCAGCAAAAGCAGCAGUGUCAGAGUGUAGGGCAGAUGGAUGGAUCCAAUUCGAGGAAGGGGAAUUGCAGCAGAGGAGGAACUUUGUGGAAAGGAAUGACACGUGGCAGCAGAACAGGGUGCAAUUCCCUUACCCUCCUAGUCCUACUGCUAGCCCGGGUACUGGUCUUAGCUCCACUACGCCCACGGCAGCGAUAAGCACUGCAACCACCGCCAACAUAACCGUCUGCCAGAUCAGACCAAUGGACCCAAAGCACCACACGCAUGAUCUCAACGUCUUUAAAUCCCCUUGCAGGCAAAAUGCCAACGUGCUUGACCACUUUAGUUUUGCUAUAAACCAGGAAGCUCUCGCCUCCGGGGACGACUCUCAAACCCUACAACUCUUCCCUCUUCGUUCCGAUAACCCCAAGGAAAAGGAGAACGAGAUAUCGGUCACAACCGUCAACCUCGGUCCUAACUGCCAGUUUUUCGAAUUCCUUCCGUUGCAGAACUAAAAACCAACGAAGACAUCUUUUUUUUUAACUUAAUUUGCUACGUAGGUAAAAUUAAAAAUGUCGGGUAAUGGUUAGGUUAAUGUAGUUAUUUUUUG